CAGUUGCGUCCGCAUUGACGCUUACUUCAGCAUUACAUUAGUCAGGCGUCGACUCCGGUUCGUUAGGGAGCGUUAGUGAUAAAUCUACUUCAUAAAUUAAUAAGUGAAUUUUUUUUAAAUUAAAAUGAUUCUGUGCUACAUUUUUUUAUUCAUCUGACCCUCGAGCUACGAAAGGAUUUGCGAAAUGUCUUCGCGUUACCGGAAAUAAAUUCGCAGACUAUUUGUCUAGAUUGAGUGAAAAUCAAUUAAAAAGUUUAUUUUUUUUGUCGAAUCGUCUGCUGUCAGACAGAAUGACGAGAAAAGUUCCUGCAUUGACAUACUUUCUACGAACAUCCGUUGUCGUCCUUAUGGUUUUAUCUGCGGCAGGAUUUUUACAUGUUUUUAAUUACUUGCCGCAACAAACAUUUUUAUCAUGCGACAGACCGUGUCAUCAUUUAGACUGGCCGAUGAUUUGCCGAGUUAAAUUAACUUUGGAGCCUUUCCACACACUCAGCAAGUCCUGUGGAGACUGCCCAGCCAAUGAGACCGCUUGUCUUGGGAAUCAUUGCGUGUCGGCGGAUGGGCAUCAUCGGGGAAUCCUGACGGCGAAUAGGCAGCUGCCUGGCCCGAGUAUUCAGGUCUGCGAGAACGAUAUACUGGUUGUGGAUGUUGUAAACAGGCUUCCGGGCAAAGCAGCGUCGAUACAUUGGCGCGGGCAAACGCAACGUGAAACUCCGUGUAUGGAUGGUGUACCACUAGUGACACAAUGUCCUAUUCCAAGUUAUACCACUUUUCAAUACAAAUUCCGGGCUGCUGUACCUGGGACUCACCUUUGGCAUUCCCAUUCUGGUGUUGAUGUAGCGAACGGUAUCUUCGGUUCGCUGAUUGUCCGUCAAGCCGACGUGCGAGAGCCUCAUCGUUCAUUGUACGAUGUCGACGACCCAGAUCACGUAUUACUGGUAUCCCAAUGGCACCAUUCAAUAGUCACCGACACUCUGGCUGGUCAGGCGAACAAAAAACCCGCGCUGUUGCUUAUCAACGGCAGAGGACAGCAACCAAAUGGACCGCCAGUCCCACUGACAUCCUUCAACGUCACCCAGGGAGUCAGGUAUCGUUUCCGACUCGCCCACGCGGGUGGUGCCGGUGCAUGUCCCAUAACAUUCGAGAUCCAAGAGCAUCCGCUGACUGUCAUUGCACUUGAUGGGAGUCCCGUGGUCCCUCAGCAAGUUAAGUCGAUAACUCUGGCAAAAGGAGAGCGUGCAGAUUUUGUUGUCAGAGCGGACAGAGUAAUUUCAGCUUAUCAUAUUAAUGUCUAUACCAACAAAGGCUGCCAUGCAACUGUGAUUGGAUCAGCAUUGUUGAAGUACAAUGGCGUUAAUUUAAAUGACGAUGCAACAAAUCACGUCGGUGGUAAUAAUAAAGAUGAUGAAAUUGAAAUGACAACAAAUCCAGCAGAUAAAUGCAACACACCUGGUCAUAUUUGUUCAACUGAGAUUAAAGCAAUAUCAAAUUUACCACCGGCACUAGACACACAACCAGAUGUAACUAUUUAUCUUCCUAUUAAUCAGAGGAUGCAUCCAUCCGAGAUUGCGGGCUCUGAUCUAGAAACUCGUGUUAUGAGCAUUAGGAAUGCGACGUUCACAUACCCGUCCUCUCCGUUAUUGACUCAAGGUCCGGAUGUCCCUCAGGAGAUGUUGUGCAAUGAAAAUGAUUCCGAAACGUCAUCUGGACGCUGUCGUCAGCUGAAUGGUAUUACUGCGUGUGAAUGCGUCAAUACUCGUCGCAUUCCCUUGGGUUCCAGUGUUGAGAUUAUUCUAAUUGACCAAGUUGGACGUGAUGACCUAGUUUACCAUCUUCACGGAUACAAUUUCUACGUAGUGGCGGGCCGUAGAUUCGGACAAGAGAAGAGUCUCGAUGAAAUAAAAAAAUUAGACAAACAAAAUUUAUUAUUUUCACGUAAUUUUGAAUCACCAGCUAUUAAAGACACGAUAACUGUACCCAAGUUCGGCGCUGUCGCGUUGCGAUUCAAGGCCGACAAUCCAGGCUACUGGAUGUUGCGUGACGAAAAUGCUCUCGAGUGGACUCGCGGUCUGGAUGUUAUUCUGCAAGUCGGAGAGCCCGGUGACAUGGUACCGCCGCCGCAAGACUUUCCCAAGUGCGGAUCCUUCGUUGGCCCUGACUAUUUUCUCAUCUAGACUGACGUUAUCAUAUAUAACUUAUAACUUAUAAUUAAAGCUCAAUCAUUUUUUUAUUCUAUUCAUUAACUGUAAAUAUUUUUGUAUAUAUAUAUCGCUUUUAUAUAAUUAUUCAAAUAAAUACUUUAC